AUGGUGCCUCUGUAUACUAUCGUUAGUGCUUAUCUAGUGGUUUCUACUUUCUCAUUUCUAGUGAUAAAUACCACAGCAGAUAACAUAGUCUGUUACUACGUACCUGGCAAAAUCGGUCCAGAAGAUCUCGAUCCGUCUCUGUGCACGCAUGUCAACUACGCUUUCGUACAUCUGAACGAAGAUGGCAAUUUAGUCAUCAGAAGCCAGUACCUUGACAUAACGAAAGGUUUUUAUAAGAGAACAGUCGCUUUGAAGGAACGCAACCCCCAGCUGAAAGUUCUACUGAGCGUCGGGGACACAGCCGCCGCCGUUUUCUCAAAAGUCGCUGCCUCGAACGUGACCAGACGAAGACUUGUCGAGAGCACCGUGCAUUUCCUCGAGACCUACUCGUUCGACGGAUUAGACGUUGACUGGGAGAAACCAACACCCGAUGACGCAGAUAAUUUCGUGAAUGUGUUGAGAGAUCUCAGAGAAGCCUUUGACUCGCGGGGUUGGUUGUUGAGCGCAGCUGUCUACCCCAACCCAUCUGCUGGAUAUAAUGUUGUGGAAAUUUCAAAAUCCCUGCACAUGAUCAACCUGAUGUGCUACAACUUCUACGGCCCCUGGGGCACCACCACCGGCCAAAACUCCCCACUGUUCGACUCCCCUCUCGACACCCCCUACGAGAGGGCCAACCUCAACGUGGCCGCCGCCCUUUCGCAAUGGCUACGGACGGGCGCACCCAAGGAUAAAGUCAACGUGGGCGUGCCGUUUUACGGGCGGUCUUUCGCUCUCGCUAGCUCCGAAGAACACGGCCUGCAUGCGCCGAUCAAGGGGGCCGGGUCGCCUUCUACUCCGUCGUAUUCAGAGAUAUGCACGGAAUUCAAAAAUUGGACAACCGUCUGGGAUAAAGACCAGAAAAAUCACUACAAAUACACUAGUACGCAAUGGUUGGGUUACGAUGAUGAGAAAUCGAUGAGAUAUAAGGCUCGGUAUGUUGCAUCUCAAGGUAUAGCUGGCAUGAUGAUUUGGCAAAUAUCAAUGGACGAUGUGGAAGGCAAAUGCACAAGAAAACAAAAUCUUCUCAAGGUCAUCAAUGAAGAACUGCAUCUAAUCAAUUCCCAUUUGAUAUUGAAGUAGUACACGUUUAA